GAUGCGUAUGAAAGUAAAUUUCCCUGCAAAACUGAAGAGCUAGAAUUUACUGAAUCUGCUGAGCAAUACUCUAGAUAUUAUAGAGAUGUUCCGCAUUUAGAUGUUCCUUGUUUUGAUGAUGAUUUAGAUUCAGAAUUAAAGAUUUCAGACAAGGAUAUUCUCAAAUCUUUUGAAAAGCUAUUCUCAAAGAAAGUAUUUUACGGACCUAUCCCAGAUCCUUAUUUAGUAAGAACUCAACAAGAAGAUAUUAAUCAGAUAUUCGAUUCGUCUGGAAGUAUUCAAACAUAUUUUCAUAAUUAUCCAACCAUUCCACAGCAAGUUGACUUUUUUGAGCAUAUGAAGGCAAUUGAAUCGGGAAUACCAAAUAAGCCAUCAAAUUAUGGGGGAAGGAAAAUUGUCACUUUAUCAGGGCCAACUAAGGUAUAUGAUCAGAAGAGAUAUUCAGAUAGUGAUUCUGAUAGAAACUCAGAUGAUACUGAUUUAGACGAAGAUGAUAAUGAAGAUUUGGAAUUUUCAGAAGAAGAAUCAGAUGAAGAUACUAAUGUAAAACCUAAAAAAGAACCAAUUAGUGAGGACAUGUUUAUUGAUGAUUCGGAAAGUUUCAGUUUUGAUUUGCAAAAUCUUGGUGAUACAUUACCUGAACAAUUAAUGAAAGUUUCCAUUCAGGUUCAUGAAGAAGUUUAUGGAAUAGAGAAAGUCCAUGAUGAAAAGCUCUAUUUGAAGAAUUGGUAUGGAAAUAGUUCAUUCUUUUUUGUAAAUUGUUCCACGAAUUUAGAGAAUCCUGAACAGAAGAACUCUGAAAAAGAAGACAAUGCAGAAGAAUUUAACAGAACAGAGAAGGAGCAAAUAGAGAUGGACAUGAAGGAAGAUUUUGCAUAUUUUGGUUACGCUCUUUAUGAAGACGAUUUUAAUGAGUUUCCAAUACUGGAUAAUGAUGAAGACGAUUCUUUGGAACAAUUGGAACAAGCAACAGAGGAAAUAUCUCUCCAUUAUCACUUACGAAGAUUAUUAAGGGAGCGUUCUUAUGAAUGCAUUACAAAUUACUUUCUGAAAUUGUCAAAACCAACAAGUGCUGAUUAA